GAGUAUGAGUUUUUGACUGCUUUCCUGAACUAUGUAUGCAAGACGUGUCGCAUCUGCCUAGUUAAGUCUUAUAUAAAGUCGACACUAAGUUGGUUCUGCCCCUCCGAUUUCUUCUCUGCGCCUGUUGGUUCCACCUCUGCGCCUGAUGUCCGCCUUCAUGUGGCAAAUUGCUCAACGCCAGAAUCUGGAGCAUUAUGGAAAACUGGAAGAAUUUGUGUCCGUGGUGACUAAGCUGGUCCCAGAAGUAUUGACCAGCAGACAGAAGGCUACGCUGAUAAUGGGUCUGAGAGCAAAGAUGAUUCUGGAGAUGUGCCGAGAUGAAGUGCCGGCAGACUUUCAGACAGUGAAGUCACACAUAAACAGUAUCCAGUCCUCUCAUUCGUCAAAGGGCAGUGAUCCAGAGGUAGAGAGCUUACAGGCAAACCUAUUAAAACUUGUGCUCAGCUUGCUUGAGGACCCUGCCAAGAAGGAGCACUUCUUUCAGGAAGUGUUUCCAUUUGAAUAUGGUCCUGACUUUGACAAAGCUCUGCAAGUUCUGGUGGGCCAUUUUCUCUCCAGACUGGAACAGCUGCUGCCCGUUCCAAACUUCAAACAGACUUCAUCAUUGCUGGGUGCCUGCCACUGGGAGCUGAAAGAGUGUGUGGAGUCUGUUUGUAGAACAGAGAGUUUGCUACCCUUGAUGCAGAGUGAUAUUUGUGGACCUUUGGAGGAUAACGUUCUCCCAUCAAUAGUGGAGGAGAGAAUCAUCUCCUCGUUGUCCCUCCCUCCAAUGAUGGACACAGUUCUGUCCAGCCAGAGUAGCGACCAGCCAGACACACAGCCCUUUCUCGGCGCAGAGAGUCCUUCCCAUGCACCUCAGGUUGUAGAGCAUGAGUGUGAAGUGGAAGACUCUUGUGAGCAUGAUGAAGAACUCACAUCAGGUCUUGAUGAAACUGCAUCAUCAGAACAUCCAAACACCCUUCAGUCUCCAAGAGCCAAUGAAGGAGCAACAGAGGAAGAAGCAGAGAGGCAGAACUUUGAAAUAGAGAUCACAGAAGCUAUUAAGCAUUUGGAAAAGGAGAGCAAAAUGCCAACUCAGGUGGCUGAAUCUUUGCCAAGCACCGAAAUGCCUGAAGUUAGUGCAGAGCCAAAGAAUACAGAGGGGUCAGAGAGUGGUGUUUCUGAAGCUCCCGUGGCAGCAGUGGCUAAUACAGGUCAAGAAUCCAAAAUGCAGAUCCCCAGAAUUCCGCUUACGAAAAUCACCCUGCCAUUGGAGCUUUCACGUUCAACCAGGGAUGCUCAGAACAAUGAUGUCCCUGAAGAACCUGGCUCUUUCCAGGAACCCAGCAGUCCUUCUGCACCUCUCUCAUCUGGAAAAACAUCUUUACAAGGUUCUUACCUUCUCAGCAGGCGACUUUACAAGUGUACAGAGUGUAGCAAGCGUUUUAAAUAUCGCUCUGAACUUCUUAAGCACCAGCAGACACACAGCAGCAGAACUCCGCCAAAGUGCUGCGAAUGUGGCCAGGUCUUCAACGAGGCAAAACAGCUGUCUCUCCACCGACAGAAGAGCUGCAAGAUGAGAACGUACAAGUGCAUCAAGUGCGGAGCGGGCUUUAAGUCUCUGUCUAACUGGUACACCCACCAGCGGACACACAAGGUAGUUUGCACACACAAAUGCCCUGAAUGUGGCAAAGUGUUCCGCAGUCUUACAGGUUUGGUGGCCCACAGGCGAGAGCAUACAGCGUCUACUGUAAACGGAGGUUACACUUGUGACAAAUGCGAUUUGACAUUUGGGUCAUAUCGGGCCAGAGUGAUGCACCAGAAGAAACAUGAAAUCAAACCUCAGGUGCCUCCACGGAAAGAGCGGGAACCUGGCAAGUGUCGAUUCUGUGAUGAAACCUUUAUCGUUGUCAGCGAUUUGAGAGUCCACUUGAAAACACACCCGGAGUACAGGCCACAUCAGUGUGACCAAUGUGGAAAGUGCUUUGCUUUACGCAGCAGCCUGUUAGCGCAUCUUUCAAAUCACACUGGAGAAAAGCCGCUGCUUUGUACACAAUGUGGGAAGCGCUUUUUCAACAAAAUUCAACUCAAAUCACACAUGAGGUGCCAUUCGGGUGAGAAACCACACAUGUGCCCUCACUGCGGCAAGUGCUUCUCACUACUGGGCAACUUAAACAUCCAUGUGAGAAUACAUACGGGAGAAAAGCCUUAUGUGUGCCGCCAGUGUGGAAAAGGCUUCAUAUCCGCUGGAGACUUGCAGGUCCACCAGCGCAGUCAUACAGGUGAGAAACCCUACUGCUGUACUGUCUGCGACAAAAGGUUUGUGGUUUCAAGCCACUUGACUGCGCACAAGCGCGUCCACACGGGCGAACGACCUUUCUCCUGCCCCCAGUGCGGGAAGACCUUUGUUCGGAGAUACGACUGGAGCAAACACAUGUACACACACUCAGGGGUCAAGCCCUACCCUUGCACCAUCUGCCAAAAGAGUUACACGCGCCGCACUCACUUGAACAGACACAUGCAGAGUCAUGUUGGCCACCAGUGUUGAUUGAUGUGUGACUGAAUGACUGGUAUUUCUGAAAGUUGAAGCAAAAGCUGGUUUCGUGAGAAGUACAUACUUGAAGGACAUUCCAGUGUGAGCUUAAAAAGCACAUUUGCCCCUAUGUCUUGACCAAAUGCAGAUGAUAUAAUGAAUCAAUAAAUGCUGGCUGUAUAGUUUGUUGAAGUAUCGUGUGUGCUUUGUUUUUUUGCUCAGAGCAAGUAGGUUAUUUGCCAUUUGUUGUUCUAUUGACAGUUUAAUAGGUUCAUGGUUAUAAUCAGCAAAUAUGUCAGUCGUUUUCAUGGCAAUUCAAGUAUAGUGAAUAAACGCUAGCAGCAUCCAAAGGAAGUGUUCAAGGGUAACUUGGUGGCAAUUGGGUACAUUACCUUGGUGGCCCCAUGACAACUAGUUUUACAGAGUUAAGUAAAAUGAUCAAAUAUUGUGAAAUUAGCUUGAUCUUUGUAUGAAGAGUACAUUAUUUAAUUAAGAAAACUUCACCUUCGAGCAAAUGCUUUUAGCUAAUAAAUGUUUUCUUUUUGUAAUGUAUGCCAAGCUCUGAGAAUAGUUAUCCAAGGGAAUUAAAAAAUUCUAGUGGUACUGAAAGCUGUAUAAUUAACCGGAAUUUUUUGUUACAAAUUGUUACUCAUUUAACAUUCACUGGUUCAUUGUUAUUAAUAAAUGUUCACAUUGUAUAAUGUUUAUAUUAUUGUUAUUUUGUUGUACGUUUAAUGUGGUUUCGUUAUGUUGCUUGUGUUAAAUACCUGCUCUGAUUGCUCAUGUAUUUGGUCUUGAGGGUCAACCUGUAAAUCUGUAUCAAAUAUAGUCAGGCCUGUGACCCAGCUCAGGUAGAUGGUGGUAACGUAUAGAUACAGCACCUUUUUCAUUUUGAUUUUCAAUUAAACAUUUGUGAACUUAAAUGUGAGGUAUUUAUUUAAAUUACUGCACUCUGUCAUUACAGAGUAACAGAUGGAUCUUAUUUUCCCAUCUUAUGUAUUUUAUAUAAUCAGUCUGUUGCCAUGGACACAGAAUCAACUUUCUACAGUCCUCUGACCUAAGUUUCACUGAGUGAGCUGAAGAUGGACAGAUUUUGUAUGGAGUAAUCCUCUCAGAUUCACUCAGAUUUCGUUUUUCCACCUCAUCCAGCUGUAUAGGAAAACACAGCAAAGGGAGAGAAUACAAAGAAGAAUACCAGGAAUGCCAACAAAUGUGACAGAUGGUUUGAAUCACUAAAAUGUAUUUUUAUGUUGAAUAAAUUUAUCUUAGGGAAAA